UGAGCAGAGCAUGCAUGACAUGAGCAUUGUCGAAGAGGAGUUGAAUGAAAAUACCUUCAACGACCCCAUGAACAGUGUGAUUGAUUGGGCAGAAGAGGGUCCCUCAUUUCAUGGUCACCGUGACGACAGCUCUGAUGAGGAAUAUCUUCCACCAAUUUCUUUGCUAAUGGGUGGUGCGCUGAAGGGAGCACAGGUAAUUGAUAAUCUGCCAACUAUCGGGAUCGCUGAGACUGUGCACGACCUGCCUGCCCCUGAAGUCCCUUCUGAUGAGCCCCCAAGUCUCGAGCUGCCAAUUUUGCCAGGCCCUCAGAAGGUCCUCAGUGAGGAUGACAUUGUUGGCGUCAGAGCAUCAGUGCUCUAUGAGAACUGCUUGAGGCAGCUUGUCACAUUUUUAAUUCUGCCCGUGGACAGAUGCACUGGUGUAUUGAGGACUGGUUUGGUGUGUGACAGUGUUGCCCCCUUUCCAACAAACAUCGCCAUCAGGGGCACUGCAAUGAGCGUUGAAUGGAUCUGCCCCAAUGGACAUUGCCUAUGGCGGUGGAACUCCCAGCCUGUGUUGAAGUUUGGCAUGCAGGCUGGGGACUUUCUUCUUUCCACAAACAUCUUACUCUCCGGAAACAACUACACUAAAGUUGCUCUCCUCUUCAAAUUCAUGAACAUGCGAAUGGUCAACCCUAACACACACUUCACCAUCCAGGACAGCUAUUGUGUUGACCCUAUAAAAACAUUCUGGGAAGAGAAGAGAUCUGAGGCCUUCAGCCGACUUCAAGGGAAAGAUGUGGUACUCCUAGGUGAUGGCAGAAAUGACUCACCAGGGCAUUCUGCACAAUACUGCAGCUACACGACCAUGGAGCUUGACUCUAAGGAAAUUGUCUAUGUGGCCACUAUAGACAAGCGACAGACCAACUGGAACUCCAAUAUCAUGGAGAAGGAGGGUUUUAUCCAGACUGUGGACAAGCUUACCCAAGACCUAAAGGUAGUGGAGUUCUGCAUGGAUGCUCAUGUCCAGAUUGCAGCCCUUUUGAACCCAGACAAAGGCAGAUAUAAGGAUCUGAGAAUUCACCACAGCCUGGACAUGUGGCAUGGUGCCAAAAAUCUGUCCAAAAAGAUCUCUACCGCAGGAAAGGUGAAAGGACGGUCUCUUUUCAUUCACUGGCUGAGGGAUAUAGUUAACCAUUUCUGGUGGUGCUGCAAGACAGCAGAGACAUUUCAGCAGUUUCUUACACUUUGGAUUGGAGUUCUGCAUCAUGUUUGCAACAAUCACACCUGGGAAACGGGAAGCUGCCAACACGAUCACCUUGAAGACACUCAGGGUAAACAGUGGAUUGAGGGAGAUUCGAAGAGCCACAAAGCACUAGUGGACAUCGUCCUCAACAAACGCUGGCAGAAGGAUGUCCACAAGUAUCUGCGCUUCAGAUCAACUGCACAUCUUGAGUCAUUUCAGAAUCACAUUCUGAUGUAUGCCAGCAAGCGCCAGGCCUUCACUCCCCGAGUGUAUGACUCAAGAGUUGUGCUCGCAGCUCUGGACUACAAUUUCCACCGCGAACGGCCAACAUACCGGACGGAGGGCCAACAAGUUCUUAGGAAGAAGUACAACAAGAAUGCAAGAAGAUAUAGCCUUUACGCCGUGAAGUGUGAGAAAUCGUAUGGUUACAUCCCUGAGUUGCAAGCCCGCAUCUUGAAAGGGAGAGUCACAAGUGGAGUCGGGAUGCCGCGACGGAGGACCCUACAUCCAGAUGACCCUACAUCCAGAUGACCCACGGCGGCUUGGUGUUGUGCCCCCGAUACCUCCACCACCGACAUCAGAGUUGGUACGGACACAGGUCAGCAGAGGUCUGGGAUCAGCCUUCCAUGCUGCUACCAACUUGGAGGCAGAUUGAGCUGUUAUUUUGCUGGUGUUUGAGGUGUAAAUACAUGAGCAAAUGUUUUUGUAAAUAUGAAUAAAUAUCUAUAUUGGGUUUUUU